AUGGCGUCAGAGGGUCAGUUUGAGUACGAGUCGGUCCUCUGCGUCAAACCUGAAGUCAACGUGUACCGAAUCCCACCGCGAGCAUCCAACCGGGCUAUCAGGGCCGCUGAUUGGAAGCUGGACGCUCCCGAUUGGUCAGGACGCAUGCGAGUGGUGGCUCGGGGGAAAGUCGCCUAUGUAAAACUGGAGGACAAAAUGUCCGGGGAGCUUUUUGCCCAGGCACCUGUGGAUGAGUACCCCGGCAUCGCAGUGGAAACAGUGAGUGACUCGAGCCGAUACUUUGUGCUGCGCAUCCAGGAUGACAAUGGCCGCAGCGCUUUCAUCGGUAUCGGGUUCGGAGACCGAGGUGAUGCCUUUGACUUCAAUGUUGCACUGCAGGACCACUUCAAGUGGGUAAAACAAGAAAAUGAAUUCAGUAAACAAGCACAGGCUCCAGACUCCGCUCCGAAGCUCGAUCUGGGCUUCAAAGAGGGACAAACCAUUACGCUAAAUAUUGGGCAAUCCAAAAAAAAGGAUAGGACUCGUCCACAAAGUUCCGGCGGUCUAGGACUCCUUCCACCUCCCCCUGGAGGCAGGUUGGCGCCGCCCCCGUCAUCCCGAUCUAAUAAUCAUAACACGCAACCGUCAGCGGGAGGAAAUGACACAGGUUGCCUGCUGGAUCUGGACACCAGCAACUCCAACACGGUGGCACCAUCCAAUCCUUCCGUGACGGCCAGCUCAGACCUGUGGGGUGACUUCGAUUCCCCGAAGUGA